AUGUUCAACAAUAUAGACGACGACUUCAUUCCAGAAACACCACAAGAAUUUAUUUUAGUCCGAGCAGCUGAGUUAGCACGAACAAAUGUGAAUGCUGCAAUGAACUGUAUACGAGAUGGUAUGCCACUGGACUUUUCAAAAAAUCGAAUCAAUUAUUUAAAAGAAUUGAAUCAUAUAUUUGUGCGAGCACAAGAAGAUAGAAUGAAUCGACUGGAGCAACUUAUUUUCAAAACACAUGACUGGCCUAAAUCUUUUCCAGAUUGUACACCGGGAUUACGUAGACUUGUCAAUAGAUGGGUGAAAAAUGAAUUGCGUCGAACAUCAGGUGCCAAAUGUUUAAUUUUAAUUGGGCCAUCUGGUACUGGAAAAACAAGCUUCGCUAAAUCGCUACCUGGUUAUUAUAAUUAUUUUGACGGACAAUGGCGAUCAGAUAUUUGGAAAAAUUUUACAUCGUAUUCCAUCUUCGACAAUAUUGGCUGGAAUGAAUUUGAAGAAAAAGGAUUUCCAAAGAAGAAAAAAAUAUUGACACAAUGUGGAUAUUUUAAAGUACAACAUGAAACGGGUGUACUCAUAGAGAUCAAUUGUACACAACCAGCUAUCGUACUUCUCAAUCAACCACUACAUGAAGGGCUAUUAGGACGACCACCAAUAACAUAUGAAGAGGAACGUGAAGCAAAGUUUUGGAACGAACAUGCUAUCAUUUAUCGAAUGGGUGAGUACAGAUUUUCACUGAUAUGGCUGAAUUUAUAUAUUAGUAUUCACCAUUUUCGUUACGUGAUAGGUCAGAAGCAAUAUUUUCACAAACCAGAAGAUACACCACAGAGUGUUCAUCACUGA